GGUCGCGAAUCGGCGCGCAGUCACAUUUAGAGGCGGGAAGGCGCGCAUGGUAGAGUACGUGUUUACACAUAUCGCCUUCAAUAACAAGCAGACAUGACGGCCGGCCAGCAGAGACUUCGCUAUUUGUAUGUCGUGUGGGCAUUUGUAGAAACCAUGCUGUUUGGAGGUCUCAUCUAUGGCUGGAGUUCCCUCGUGUUUGUUCUGAAGGCCAAGUUCCUGUACCAGGAUCUGUGUAGUGAGAGCAAGAUGGCGGAACCGGAUAACAAAACAAGCAACAUGCUGCGUCUGGACAUCACAAGCAGUCCAUUGGACAACUCAACACCCAUAUCUAUAAUGCUCCCUCCUGAUGAAAAAAACCAAAGCACCAUUACCGCUGCUGCACCAGGAUGUGAGGCUCAGGACUCCAUGUUGAACCUGGUGUUCACUGUGGCCUCCACCUUGUUCUGUGCAGGAUGUGCAGCCAUGGGGCACAUCAACUUCAAGUUUGGCACCAGAGUCACUCGAGUUCUCUCCAUGAUUACGUUUGUGGCAGGGACAUUGAUGAUUGCCUUUGUAUCUCAAGAUGUACCCUGGUUAAUAUUCCCUGGACUUACACUGGUUGGUAUUGGCGGUAUACCCCUUCUGGUCACCAACACACAGAUUGCUAAUCUGUUCUCAAGAGGCAGUUCCACCAUUAUUGGUUUGCUGUGUGGGGCAUUCGACAUAUCGGCAGCAGUACAACUGGUCAUCAAGAUUGCCUUUGAGAAGGGCUUCUCCCUACGAAACUCGUACCUGGUUGUGACAGGUCUUCACAGCAUGGUGAUAGUCAGCACCUUCUUCUUCCUGCCCAAAGGAUUCAUCAGCAAGCCCGAGGAUGAACCCCCACAAGAGCAGGUGACCUAUAAGGUGGAGGACGGGGAUGCGCCUUCAGUGGUGUUGCUGGAUAAGGCGGAGGAAGCAGGCGUUGUGAUAGUUGACGGGAAGAAACAGCCAGUGAAAGAGGAGAGCAAGACCCCGCUGACACCACCGUCGUCCCCGUCGAAGCUGCCGUCACUGUUCAGCUGCAUCCUGUCCUCAUCAUUCCUCCCCCACGUCCUCUGGCUCAGCAUACUGCAGCUGCGCUUCUACUACUUCCUGUCCUCUCUCAACCCCAUCCUCAACGAUGUCCUCGACGGGGACCAGGCCCAAGUGAGUUUCUACACAAACAUGUCGAUGUACAUGAUGCUGGCCGGAAUCGUCACGUCUCCGUACGGAUUUGUCUACGACUGGCAGAAAGGAAUCUUUAACAACAGCCGAUCCAAGCUACGUCGUGACCUGAUGCCAUCUGUGAUGCCGCUGAUGACGGGGACGGUGUUGGGGUUGUUGGUGACGGUGUUCUGCAUGAUACCAGCCAAGGAAGUGCUGUACCUCACCUUCAUCUCCGUCGUCCUCUGCCGCUCCUUCCUCUACUGCAUGGGAGCCUCCUUCAUUGGAGCAGUAUUCCCCAGUGAAUAUUUUGGAUUACUGUAUGGUCUAAUGAUCAUAGCAGGUGGGAUAUUUUCCUUCAUUCAGUUUGGCUUGUUCAAGUGGGCAGAGCAAGCUGGAUAUUUUCAGGUCAAUAUCUUCUUCCUGGUCCUGGUGUCUCUCUCUUUCAUCCAUCCUGUGGUUCAGUGGAUCCGCUCAUGUCGUGCAGAGUCCGUCGUAAUUACCCAGGAGGAGUAGCUCUAAAAACAUUUAUCACAUGACAUAUUUCAUGACACAUCACAUGACGUAUCACAUGACAUGUCACAUGAUGCAUUUUAUGACAUAUCACAUGAUGUAUUUUAUGAUACAUCACAUGACGUAUCACAUGAUGUAUUUUAUGACACAUCACAUGACAUGUCACAUGAUGUUACUCAUGUCUCAUGACAUUAUGAUGUAACAAUACUACAGUAUGUAAAGAUUGUAUGUAUGGUAUGUGAUGCAUGAAUAUUUACACUUAUUGUAUUACUUUCAUACAUGUCCUUACAUGUACGUGACCAGUGUGUGCUCUACUGAAUAACCUGAUGCUCAGAUACUUGAGAACAGCCCUACAUCACAUGACGUAUCAAAUGACACAGAUAUUUAUUUUUGUCAGAAUUUGUUGAUUUGUAAUAUGUCAAAUCUUGUGUAUCAAGAAAUUAGUGCGUCACCAAAUUAACUGAAUAACCUGAUGCUCAGAUACUUGAGAACAGGACCGCCUCCGUGGUGUAGUGGUUAGAGUGUCCGCCCGGAGAGCGGAAGGUCGCUGGUUCGAUCCCCGACCGCGUCAUACCAAAA